AUGUACCGUAUGAUUCGCGUCCAGCCUGACGACCAGAGACUGCAGAGGAUUGUUUGGAGAGACAAUGUGGACGAACCCAUCCGAAUCUACGAGUUGACCACUGUCACGUACGGAACGGCGUCUGCGCCGUAUUUAGCGACCAAGUGCUUGCAAAAACUCGGUGAGAUCGGAGAAAAGACGCACCCAUCCGCUGCCAAGGUCCUCAAACGUGACUUCUACGUUGACGACAUGUUGGCAGGUGCGCACACGGUCGCUGAAGGAAAAGAGCUAGUCGCCGAAAUGGUCGAUCUGAUGGAAUCUGGCGGAUUCUCGUUGCGAAAGUGGCAUUCAAACUCUCGAGACAUCCUGCUCGACGUCCCGGAACAUCUUCGCGACGAACGGACUUUGCUUGAACUGGACACGUCUGACGCAACCGUCAAGACGCUCGGGCUCGUCUGGGAGCCCAGUACGGACUGUUUCCGUUUCAGAUCGCCAAAGUGGAACGACGUUGCCGUGAUCACGAAGCGUGUCGUGGCCUCAGACAUGGCCAUGAUCUUCGACCCGUACGGGUUGAUCGGUCCUGUCGUCGUCCAAGCGAAAAUCUUCGUGCAGAAGCUGUGGCGCAUGGAACUGGAUUGGGACGCCGCUCUGCCAGAAGAUCUGCAGGAGUACUGGCGUGAAUACCGCAGAAAUCUAGCCGGUCUGGACAGCCUGUCGAUACCCCGCUGGAUUGGCACAGGUGCAGAUGACCAGAAUGUGCAGCUUCACGGGUUCUGCGACGCUUCAGUCAACGCUUACGGUGCGUGCAUCUACAUCCGAACCGUUUCGGCCAACGGCGACGUCACCGUCCGCUUGCUGGCCUCCAAAUCCCGCAUCGCACCGCUCGAGAACCUGAAGAAGAAGAAGCGUAAGCAGUCGAUUCCCCGCCUGGAGCUGGCGUCCGCUCUGCUGCUGGCGCAUCUGUACGAGAAGGUGGCCAACGCCAUCAACUUCCGAGGCAAAGCGUUCUUCUGGACGGAUUCCAUGAUCGUACGCUGCUGGCUUGCGUCACUGCCGUCCAGAUGGAACCAGUUCGUGGCCAACCGUGUGUCCGAGAUUCAACAUCUGACGGAGAGCGGAUCUUGGGACCAUGUGCCCGGAAUAGAGAACCCAGCUGACAUCAUUUCUCGCGGCAUGACACCGAUGCAGCUGCAGUACUCAAAGCUUUGGUUUAGCGGACCCGAUUGGCUGAGUCUCGACCACCAGCACUGGCCGCACGCUCAAGUGCCAAACGCAGCAGACUUCGACCACGAAGAACUGGAGGAACACAACGCUGUCGCUGCAGUUGAACAUGACGCCGAGCCAUGCAGACUGUUUACAGCGAAUUCAUCGUACACCGUGACAAUACGGACGACCGCUGUAAUCUGCCGCUUCUGUUUCAACAGCCGUGCGGCGAACAAGCACUGCCGCAGAGUUGGUCCGUUGACGGCUGAAGAGCUCGAGGUCGCUUUGAAGAAGCUGGUGCGCCUCGCUCACCGAGAAUGCUUCCCGGAAGAGUACGAUGCUUUGUCCAGAGAUCGCGCGAUUCCAAACAACUCCCGCAUUGCUGCGCUGAACCCAAGAAUCAUCGAUGGAAUCCUGUGCGUCGGCGGCCGGUUGCAGCACGCCGCAGUCUCAGACAACCGGAAGUUUUGUAUCACCACGUACGCCCGGUGGCCGAUGUCGUACGUGAGAGACAAUUAA